AUGGCAACAGUCAGCGCCAACUCUUUGGAGGUGUCCAUCGAGUCAGUAAUAUUCUCGUCGUACACGCUCCUCUCGGCUAUCGUCCUUGUCAUCUACUACAGGCACAAGGACUAUUUGGACUCCCGCGUCAACAGGAUGAUUGCCGUCACCUUUGGCCUGUUCCUGAUGCUCUGCGCCAUGACCCACCUGCGUGCUAUCUGGUACGAUCACAUCAGCGUGCCCCUCUCUGGUUCGUGCGCGGCCGUGUCCUUCAUCGCGGCCGUAUGCGCCCUCUGCCGUGUCCAAAGCCUCGAUGACUAUCUCACGCUCCGAAUAUCCACCUCCAAGAUCCUUCGAGAACGUACAAUCCAGAAUCUCACCGAGGGGUAUGAUCUGAGAUGCGUCGCCAUCGACAAUAAACUGGUCACAGGAUUCAUCAAGGGCUACACCGGUGGUUUUCCGGUGGAGUUCAAUGGGGGGAUAGACAUCGGCAACAUAAUCAAGAUGGGAGAUAGGUUCUUUCGGGUGGUGAGCGCGGUCAUGAACACCAUGCAACACAGCGAUCCAGUCGAGGGGAUGGGCACGUG